GCGGCCGGCGGCAGUGUGGCCGCCAUGGCGUCGCCCUUCAGCGGGGCGCUGCAGCUGACGGACCUGGAUGACUUCAUCGGGCCGUCUCAGGAGUCAGGGCCAAGCCCUCAUCCCUCGUGGUGGUGGCAUCAGGGUCUCUUUCUGGUCCAGGACUGCAUCAAGCCCGUGAAGGUGGAUAAGAGGCUGGGAAGUGGCCUGGCAAAGAUCCACAUCGAAGAUGACGGGAGUUACUUCCAAGUCAGUCAGGACGGAGGGACGCGGAAACUGGAGAAGGCCAAGAUCUCACUAGACGACUGCCUGGCAUGCAGUGGCUGUGUCACCUCAGCAGAGACCGUGCUCAUCACUCAGCAGAGCCACGAGGAGCUGCGGAAAGUUCUAGAUGCCAAUAAGAUGGCGGUGCCCGGUCAGCAGAGGCUGGUUGUCAUUUCGGUCUCCCCCCAGUCCAGAGCAUCGCUGGCAGCGAGAUUUCAGCUGAAUCCAACAGACACCGCCAGGAAAUUAACUGCAUUCUUUAAAAAACUAGGGGCGCACUAUGUGUUCGACACUGCCUUCUCGAGGAGCUUCAGUCUCCUCGAAAGCCAGCGAGAGUUCGUGCGGCGAUUCCGAGGACAGGCCGACUCCAAGCAGGCCUUGCCCGUGCUGACUUCCGCCUGCCCAGGCUGGAUCUGCUAUGCGGAGAAGACCCACGGGAGCCUCAUCAUCCCCCACCUGAGCACGGCCCGGUCCCCGCAGCAGGUCAUGGGCUCGCUGGUCAAGGACUUCUUCGCCCAGCAGCAGCGACUGAGCGCCGACAAGAUCUACCACGUGACGGUGAUGCCCUGCUAUGACAAGAAGCUGGAGGCCUCCAGGCCUGACUUCUUCAGCCAGGAGCACCAGACUCGUGACGUGGACUGUGUCAUCACGACGGGAGAAGUCUUCAAGUUGCUGCAUGAAGAAGGGGUCUCGCUGUCAGCACUGGAGCCAGCACCCCUGGACAGUCUGUGCAGCAGCACAUCUGCCCAGGAGCCCACCAGCCACCGGGGCGGGGGCUCAGGGGGCUACCUGGAGCACGUGUUCCGGCAUGCGGCCUGGGAGCUCUUUGGAGUCCACGUCACUGAGGUUACCUACAGACCCCUGAGGAACAAGGACUUCCAGGAAGUGACCCUGGAGCGGGAGGGCCGGGUCCUGCUGCACUUUGCCAUGGCCUAUGGUUUCCGCAACAUCCAGAACCUGGUGCAGAAGCUCAAGCGUGGCCGCUGCCCGUACCACUAUGUGGAGGUCAUGGCUUGCCCCGCAGGCUGCUUGAAUGGUGGAGGCCAGCUCAAGGCCCCCGACACGGCUGGCAAGGAGCUUCUCCAGGACGUUGAGAGGCUGUACGGCAUGGUCAGGACAGAGGCGCCAGAGGACACACCUGGGGUCCGGGAGCUGUACGGGCGCUGGCUGCAGGGCGAGGGCUCGGAGCGGGCCAGCCGCCUGCUGCACACAAGCUACCAUGCAGUGGAAAAGGCCAGCUCCAACCUCAGCAUCAGGUGGUAGGAAGCCUUAAGGGUCUGCCGGACCCACCACGGCCAGCACAGGGUCUCCAGCAUGAAGUCACACCCCGAGACCGCAGGGCUCGUGCCCAGGAUGCUAGGCGAGCUGCAGGGACACGUUGGAACCCGCGUAGAAACGAGACUCAGGACCCACAGCGGGUAAAGGUGGUCUCUAGCCUGCACUCACGCACACUCCCUGCUGCAGGAGGCCAGAGGGCCCACGGGGUACCCGAGCCUUGCUCAGGACCCAGGGCAGUGCCCUCACUCCUGGUCCUGGUGGCCCAUGUGUGUGAGGGUUUCAGCCAGUGCCGUGGGGGGCUUAAGGCAGAGCAAAAGUAGGUUCCGCACCCCCUGCUUCUAGAGUCACCCCUGAAGCUGUGGUGUGGAGGGCAGUGAUGGGCCAGACCUGUUGGGCUGGUCGAGCUUACAGCCCAGCAUGGAGAACCCUGCUGUGCUGAGAGGACACUGGCAGGAAAGGGAUACCAGCCAUGACACCCCACCUGGGGAUGGGGUGCCCCCUCCACCUGCAGCCAGGUGUUCACUGUGAGGAAGCUCUGGGCUCUGAGGCCUGAGAACCUGUGUUUUCUAGGCAGAAACCAGGCUCUCAACAGCAGACCUCAGUGGUCUCUCCAGCUGAGUCUUACAUCCACAGCUGGGUCCCCACUUACAGCGGCAGGGGGAAGACACCUUGGGCUCGGAUUUUAAUAAAGGAGCCUUACUCUGAAAACGGCUUCUCUCCUGGAGCGUCUGCCAACAUUGAGAAAGACGCCUUGCAAAGCUUUAUUCAAAAUUCAGAAAACCCAUGCACCCCACUAGGCUGCUUCUUGAACACCCAGGUCUUGGGGCUCACACUGGCCCAGGGAGGAGCCCCACGUGUCCACUGCCACAAGUGCCCGAGUGCCCAUCCUCAAGGCUGG